GUGCCCUGCGCCAUUAGAGCUUACACAGACUGUUCGUUGCCGCCGCCGCCGCGGCUAGUGCCCCGGUGUUCGUCAUGUACCGGACCCCGAUGCGGCGUGGCCCGUCCCCGGACACCCCACCCCUGCUGGGCCGCGACAAUAGUAGUAGUAGUAGCAGCAGCAGCAGCAGCGGCAGCAACUCCUCCAGCAGCAGCUCACGGAGCUGGUCCCGGGGUAGCUCUCCGCCCAGGUCGCACCGCUCACCGGUCAGACGCGGCCGCUCCAGUUCCCGGGGCCGCUCCCCUGGCCGGCGCUCCCGCUCCAGAUCCCACGGCCGCUCCAGGCCCGCAGCGCAGCACCGCUCAAGGUCCCGGCACCGACGCUCACCCUACAGGUCAGGUCGCUCCCGCUCCAAGCAUAGGCGCUCCUCGACCCCUCGCCGGUCCCCGUCCCCGCGCCACCCUCCUAAGACCCCACGCCGCUCCCCUUCCCCCAGCCAUGAACCAAAGACCCCACGCCGCUCCCCAUCAUCCCCACGCCGCUCCCCAUCCCCCCGCCGUCACCCAAAGACCCCACGCCGCUCCCCAUCCCCCCGCCGUCACCCAAAGACCCCACGUCGCACCCCAUCCCCCCGCCGUCACCCAAAUACCUCCCGUCGCUCCCCAUCCCCCCACCGUCAUCCAAAAACCUCACGGCGCUCCCCAUCCCCCCGCCAUCACCCUACGACCCCACGCCGCUCCCCGUCUCCCUGCCAUAAUCCUACGACCCCACGGCACUCCCCUUCCCCCCGCCACCACCCCAUGACACCACGCCGUUCCCCGCCUUCCUGCGAUCAAUCAGUGAGUCCCUGCCGAUCCCCAUCACCCCGGUACUCUGACCGGAACCGCUCCCCACCGAAAUCGAGGCUGUAUGAGAGCAACAGCGGAGAGCAGCGUCACUACUCGCCCAGUUACCGUUACAAUGCAGCCGGUGACCGCCGCUCCCCUGAUCACCCUCGGGCCAACCCCAGUGCUGACAGAUCUGCAGCUGGCAAUGACACGGUAUCCAGUAUCUACAAGAGUUCUAGUGACUCUCGUCCUAUCUCUGGGUACCCCUAUCCCUCUACAGGCCUCCAGGAUAGAAGACCAGAUGAACCACUGCCCAUGCCCAAAAAGUCCAUUUUAAAGAGACGUACUGAACCGGAGGCUAUGCACAAUGACCAGUCUCCUCGGGUUCCUAAUUCAAGUAACAAAGAUCUAAAAGAUUUGAAGUCCUCCCCAGCUCCAGUGAGAAGCAGUGACGUAGGCUCUAAUAGUUCUAAGGACCCCGACAAGACUAACUUGCCACAAACCAUAACCAGUCAUAAGACACCAGGAAACCAGAAGCAUGUUCCUAUCCUUCCAGCAAACAAUAUGGAUAGUGUUUCCAAACUUCACUUAUCUGGAAUGAAAAGCGACUCUCUAUGUGUAACUGGCAGUAACCCAUCUCCUGCAACACCAAUGGGCAAAGCCUUGACUACAGCAAAACAGGGUGGCACACCUCAACGUGACCAUUCUGAGACCAAAUUGCCUACAGGAAAUGUCCCUAACAGUAGCCAGUUCUCCUCCUCUAUGGGAGACUUCCUGCAUAUUUUUAAUAGAAAUGCCUGUGAAGCUCAGGGUGUUCCUUUUAAUACCACAAAACCCUUUCUGGAAUGUAAGGAAGAAGUUAAAACACCAGAUAAUAAUAUGGACAUCUUUUUGUUACCACACGAAAAGGCAAAGGAUGUUGAGUACAAAUUAUACCCUCUCCCAGAAAAAGUCAAUAUUUCUGGCAAAACUCUGGAUCAGAAACAAAGAAGUGCAUCAGAAAUUGAAGAUGAGGAAAGAUUCUUGUAUGGCGACGAGGAUGAUAACGUGGAUUCUGAGAAGGUGUCAUCUAGCCAAACACCCCCUGUACCUGCACCUGACAUGGCUCCCAACAAGCAGGAGUUUGAAAAGAUCCAUAAUCUGCUGAAGACAAUCGGUUUGGACAUUGGUGUUGCAGAAAUCGGAAAUCUUUCCGUCAGAACUCAUGAACGGCUUCAUGGAAAGAAACUUGUAACGAAGAUGCCGCAGGCUUCAAAAGAGCACCCACAGGAUGCGGCUAGCACCAGUCCGAAGAUGCCGCAGGCUUCAAAAGAGCACCCACAGGGUGGGGCUAGCGCCAGUCCGAAGAUGCCGCAGGCUUCAAAAGAGCACCCACAGGCUGGUGCUAGCACCAGUCUGAAGAUGCUGCAGGCUUCAAAACAACACCCACAGGGUGGAGCUAGCACUAGUCCGAAGAUGCCACAGGCUUCAAAAGACCACCCACAGGGUGGGGAACACACCAGUCCUAUUGACCCCAAACUGGAGACUUCCCAGCCCCCUGUUAAAACAGAAAAGGAGGAAAAAGAACUCGCUAAACCACCAGCAAAGAUAGAGAAAACCGCCAAGCCAGUUAAGCCGGUUAAAGAGCAGACGCCACCAGUACCCCAGAACACAGACCCUACCACCAAAGAGAAAACUCCUCCACUGAUAAAGGAGUCAGUCCACAAAGAGCAGGCUGUUCCAUCACCCAAAGUAGAAAUACCCGCGCAGCCACCCACCAUUAGCCCUGUGCCAGAGCCAAUAUCUCCUGCUCCCCAAAUUUCCAUGUAUCCUGCCUACAGUCCCACACCAAUAGUACCUGGAUAUCCAAUGCCGCCCCUGGCACCACCACCAAGCUAUAAUCCCUACUCGCCCUAUCCGACGUAUCCUGCAUCCAACUGGCCAAUGUAUCCACCAGUCCAUAUGCCUGCCCCUAUGGCUUCUCCCCAAAUCUACACCCCACGUAAUUUACGGGUUAUUGAAACCACUGAAGAGCUUAUCAAAGAUGUCAGAGCAUCAAUUGCUGUAGAGGUAGAUGAUGAACUACUGUCCAAACAGGAAGCCAGUCGCCAAAGCGAAACUGAGAAGAUCAAAAUCAUGGAGGAGCUGAAUGACCUUAAGAAAGAGCAUAAAGCCAAGACCGAAAACCUGGAGACACUGGGUGCAAAGGUGGAGCAGCUAAGUAUCCAUCAAGGACUUCUGCUGCGGAAGAAGCGAAAGGAGAAGGCUGGUCAGAAGGACCCUCUACUAGAAGAACUGAACUCUGUUUUGGCGAGUGCCCAGAAUCAGAUUACUUCCCUGUGUCAGGAACUUGAUGAAACGAAGGACAUGCAGCAGAAGCUCAUUCAGGUGGCAGAGAUCCUAGGUGCCAGCCCAACUGAGUUAGCUGAAGUAAAUAUAACCUCAACAAAACGGGACCGGAGUCCCAGCUCUCCUGUGUUGUCAAGGGGUUCUGAUAGUGAGUCAAAGGGCAGUAGUGACUCCAAGGCUGAGAUGAAGAGCAGCAGUCACCCAAUGUCUAAAAGUGACAAACACAAGAGUGGCUCAAAACCUGGUUCUAAUAUUAUAUCAGAAGAAGUCCACUCAUCUGCAAGCUCAUCAAGCUCAUCCAGCAGCAGUGUGACGUCAGAAGAAGAUAUCGAGCAAAGAAGCACCCCACCGAAAUUAAGCUCUGACUUCAAAGAUAAAUCAGAGCCCAGCUCCUCAAAGACUGAGGAUAAUUUAAAGUCUCGAGACAAGUCCAGGUCAAAAAGCCCAAAGCCCAUUGCACCGCCUUCCAGGGCAUCCCCUAAGCGUAAGGAACCUGCACCUUUUAAUCUAGCUGAAUUAUUUGAGUAUUAUGAUAGUGGUGGACAUUGGUGUGCGGACUGCAACACUAUCUUCUCGUCUCUGCUGGAGUUCCUCCUUCACUUGCAUAAUAAGUGGCACAUUCAGAGCUUAAAAGAACAGAAAAAGCCCUGGAAUAAAGAGAAGGUUGAAAAUACUGUUCGGAGACAGAAAGUGAACAUUUCCCUGAAAGGUUCUGAGUUCAUGCUUCCAACAUUUGGAUACUACUGUGAACUAUGUGAAGAGCUCUUUCCAGAUCACACGGCUGCUGGACAGCAUCUCAAAGCCUAUGCACACAAUGAAAAGUACAAGAAACAUAUUGAGGUAAACGGCAAUUAUGAAACAAUGCGUCGUGCAGCGAAGCAAGCGAGCUUGAUAGCUGCUCAGGAGGAAGAUCGCAAACAGACAGAGAAAAAACGCAAAGCUAUGGAGCACAGAAAGAAGUCCCCCGACCAGAACAAAUCUAAGAAGGUGAAAAGAGAGGAACAUAAGGAAAGAAAUGUCAAACGCAGAUCAUCUCCUUCACCAGCCAGGUCUGAUAAGAAACAAAAUACUACUCCACAUAAGGAGCCAGUUAAAUCCUCUAGAGUUGGGAAGUUUGCCAGGAAGACCUCAGAAAACAAAAGCCAAACCGUUAGUAGCACAUCGAAAGUUGAGAGUGUGGCUAACAAGGAUAAAGACGACGAUGCAAUAGGGCAUUCUGUGAAGGCAAAGGGAAUGGAGAUCAAAUUAUUGGGUAAGCCCAGUAAUACACAGGAUAGCCCUCGAAAUUCAACCUCCUCCUCCCACCCUUCCUCCUCCUCCAUUAAAUCUAGCACUUCAACGGUUUCCAUAUCAACCACCAGUUCCUCUACUUCUACUACUGCUGCUACUGCUUCUACUACUACUUAUUCUACAACUUUCACAACACAAUCUAAAGUUCAACCCAAUCUGCCAGGUCCUAUAACCCCCCACCGAAGAACUCCCUCCGUUGUUGCAGUAAGCAAGCCGGCUCCUCUCAAUACUUUCUUGCCUAUAAAAUCUUCAAGCACCUCAUCAAAAGCUAUUCCUAUAUUGAAAGGUAAACCUACAGGGGUCUUGUCAGAGGAAUUGGUUUCCAAAGCUUUUGGAGGUCAAUUGGUGAGUCUAAAAGAAACUAAAGAGUCUUUAUUGAAACCAGAACCGCUUUCGACAGUCAAAAUGACAAAGGAUACCUCUAGCAGUGUGAAAACUGAUCAAGAUUAUACACUUUCCCAAACCAUUAAAGUAUUUGAGAAAAUGAAGGAAUUUGAAAAAAUGAAGGAAUUGGAGAAGAAGCAGCAUGUGGAAUUGGAGAAGAUUCGAAAAAAAGAGUUAUCUGACAUGCGGUUCAAUAAUAAGAUAGUUUCUGUUAGUCACAAAGGAACAGAAACUGCAGCACCCACAAAACCGAUGAGUUCCAGCUCUCAGAACAGUAGUGUAAAUUCCAGCCCAAGUAAUGCUGCCUCUUCCUCCAACCCUUCAAAUAAAGGUAUCAGUAAUCCCAGCAUACUAAUGCAAAAACCACGUUCUAUAAUUGUCCAGCGUGUGCAGAGUACAAAGUAUUCUCAACGUCCUAGCAGAUGGGAGCCUGUCAAAACAAGUCAACCUCCAAUUAAGACAACUGUCAAAAUGAAAUCGCCUAAAGCAGUGACCAUUCCAAGUAGUUCAACAAAUAGCUCAUCACAAGCUGUAAAAGGCAAGGAUAGCAAAGCUUCCAAUACUCCAUUGACUAGUAAGCCUGGGUAUACACAUUCACAAGAGAUAGGAAUAAAGACCAGUGUCCAAAAACCUGCAGAAACAAAGGCACCUAGUAAACCAGAACAGAUUACUACCCAAUUCACCUCUCUUUCAAUGAACCCAGUGACUGGUAAACUGGAAUAUAUUCCUUUGUAUGACAUAAAGAGCAAUAAGGAAACCACUGCCCUAAAACCAUCAGAGAACAAGCCUGUUGUAACUACUGCUCCAAGUGUGAUGUCAACUACAGUGCCUGCUGUGAAGCCAAAUCCCACUUACAAUGCUACUACCAACCUGAACCAAAAAUUUAAAAGGGCACCUCUGUCUCUGCCUUCUUCUUUGUUUGGCCAUUUACCAGAUCUAGGAUAUAAAGAUAUUAAAAUAUCAUCUGCCAGAGUCCAGAGCUCCAGUACUCAAGCAGAGAAUUCUGCAGCAGGUCAGCAGCCCAUCGAGCAGAAAAAGGUGGCCACCAAUUGGUCUGCUAAAAUGAGUCCAGAUAAAGAUCUGCAGCAUGAACUGGACUACUAUUACAAGCUAAUAGCUACAGACGAUGAUCCUGAAAUCUUAACAACUUCUGAAGAUCAAGAAAUGGAAGCUCCACCAGUUGUUGGCAGUGGCCCUGUCCAAGUAAAAGUGGAAAAUCCAAGAAAGACCAUAAAACUAGAGAAGGCACAGCCUCACAUGAAGACACCAGUUAAGCCUGUUGUACCAGUUGAUUCUUGUGAAGAUCUGGAUGACUCUGAUAUGGCUUGUGAAGUUCCUGAUGUUCCCUUGAGUGCCACUACUGCCUACAAGCACAAACCCUUUGGUCAGAGCUUAGUUUCAUCUAGUUAUGCAUCAUCACAAGUCUAUGGGACCGUGGUCAAACAGCCUAUGCAUUUUUCACAUGGAAAAUCUCUUGUGGAUAAGGGUUAUUCAAAGCCGGUACAAGAGAAGACCCCAUCUGUAAUGGAUUUUUCUUCGGACAAUUUCCCUGUAUUUACCCCGCCUGUAGUUGGUUCUUCCAUGGAUGACUUGUCUGUAUUAACCACAUGUGAUUCUGACUAAACACAAGCUCCCUGCUAAGAUGAACAGUAAAAUUAUAUUGUAACAUAAAUCUCUUGAUUUGUAGGGUCCACUUCCUCUAGGACAAAAGAGACCUCUGAUCAUCCUCGAGCUUCUACACAAACUAUAAAUAUUGAGAAGGUUCAAGUCACUGCUAGCCCAGCUUUUGCUACCAGCAAAAUGAAUUUUGUGUUAUUAAAUCCUGCAGGCAGAUUUGUUUUAUGUUAGGAGACCACUUUUGUAAUUUAAAUCUACGUCAACUUCUGAAUUGUUUCCUUAUGCAAUUUGAUUUUAAAUUGUGGAUUGCGCAUAAUUUUCUUGUUGUUCAAGCAUAGUUCUUUUGGCUUGUAAAUAUUUUUUGUCUGAGAAGGACAUAUUUUCCAUUUCAGAUGUUUAGAAUCUGUUCAAAUUAAGCUAGAUAUGCCCCGGAACCAGAGCUUUGCAUAAGUACGUUCUCCACUAGGAAAUGGCUCUGCAUCGGGCAAGCUUACCUUUUUAAUUUUCUAACUUGCCGUGUUGCGGUUCUGCAAAUAUUUGUUUUAGGAUCAAUGUUCUAUAUGCAUUACAUGUGUAUUAGAUUAUUUUAGGUUGAGUUCAUCCUGUGUUGUUCUAUAAUUGUUCCUCAGACAUUGUGGUAUCCUGCAGAAGACAGAUUAUGAGUCGAGUUGAUGGUUAAGACUGCAAAUCCAACCAUGAAUACUGCAUAUGUUACUGCUUUCGGAGAGAAAUUACGUAAACGCAUGCAGUGACCCAGUGCAGUUUGGCUGUAUGUUAAAAAGACUGAAAAUAACACAAUAUACUGGUCACACACAUCCUGUGGUUGUGAUACCUUUCUUCUUCUCAGAAUGUUUUUUUCUUUUUGUUUAAGCACAGUGUAUGCUAACAAUUACAUUUCAAUAAAUGGUGAUCAUAAAUAGUUAUCUUUA